CUGUAUAUAAAGCCAGGCAUAUAGGUUCAUUGAUUUGCAGUCAUCGGAGGCUCGGAUCCAAGUGCCGUGUUCAAACUGGGAAUGAGCUCCUCUGCUGCUUUGGUUGUGGUAACAGAUGCUUGGAAUAGAUCAUAAAUAGGAGCCUCUUUUCCUCUCGGUGCGUUGUAGAUCUGCAUUCAACUUUCCCUUCGUUGGCCAGAAAGUCUCGAGUCCUCCUCUUUUUUUGCUCAGAAUGGCAACCAACUCGGUUUCCAAGCUUUCAAUAGUGGUUUUGGGGUUAUUUUGGCUUCUGGGUGUUCAGCUUGUUCAAUGUAGUGUGACCUAUGAUAGAAAGGCCAUUUUAAUCAAUGGGCAGAGGAGAGUUCUCUUUUCUGGCUCCAUACAUUACCCCAGAAGCACUCCUGAGAUGUGGGAAGGUCUGAUACAGAAAGCAAAAGAAGGUGGUCUUGAUGCUGUUGAAACCUAUGUGUUUUGGAAUGUCCAUGAGCCUUCCCCUGGCAAUUACAAUUUCGAAGGGAGAUAUGAUCUGGUGAGGUUCAUAAAAACCAUUCAGAAAGCUGGACUCUACGCAAACCUACGCAUUGGACCUUAUGUUUGUGCAGAAUGGAACUUUGGAGGGUUUCCUGUUUGGCUGAAGUAUGUCCCAGGCAUUAGUUUCAGAACUGACAAUGAACCUUUCAAGAAAGCAAUGCAGGGAUUUACAGAAAAAAUUGUGGGGAUGAUGAAAAGUGAAAAGUUGUUUGAGUCUCAAGGUGGCCCCAUCAUUCUCUCUCAGAUUGAGAAUGAAUAUGGAGUACAGAGCAAGUUAUUUGGGGCUGCUGGGAAAAAUUACAUGACCUGGGCGGCAAAGAUGGCUGUAGGACUGGAGACUGGAGUCCCAUGGGUGAUGUGCAAGGAAGAGGAUGCCCCAGAUCCAGUGAUUAAUACAUGCAAUGGCUUUUAUUGCGAUACAUUCUCUCCCAAUAAACCCUACAAACCUACAAUGUGGACAGAGGCAUGGAGUGGCUGGUUUAAUGAGUUCGGUGGUCCAAUUCACCAGAGGCCAGUUCAAGAUUUGGCAUUUGCCGUUGCUCGGUUCAUUCAAAAAGGAGGAUCUUUUAUUAACUAUUACAUGUACCAUGGAGGGACAAACUUUGGACGCACAGCAGGAGGACCUUUUAUCACUACCAGCUAUGACUAUGAUGCUCCAAUUGAUGAAUAUGGUUUGAUUAGGCAGCCAAAAUACGGUCAUUUGAAGGAGCUUCAUAGGGUGGUGAAGAUGUGCGAAAAAGCUUUAGUUUCAGCAGAUCCAGUUGUGACUUCUCUAGGGAGCUCUCAACAGGCUUAUGUUUACACAUCAGAAUCAGGAGAUUGUGCAGCCUUUCUUUCAAAUUAUGACAUAAAUUCAGCUGCAAAAGUGAUGUUCAAUAACGUGCACUAUAGUUUGCCUCCAUGGUCCAUCAGUAUCCUUCCUGAUUGUAGAAACGUAGUUUUCAAUACAGCAAAGGUUGGAGUUCAAACAUCACAACUCGAAAUGCUACCAACAAACUCUCCUGUGUUCUUAUGGGAAAGCUACAAUGAAGACAUUUCUGCUGAGGAUGAUAGCACAGCAACAAUGACUACUUCUGGUUUACUGGAGCAGAUAAAUGUUACCAAGGAUACUAGUGACUACCUAUGGUAUAUUACUAGUGUAGAUAUUGGUUCAACAGAAUCCUUCCUGCAUGGUGGAGAACUCCCCACACUGAUUGUUCUGUCAAGUGGCCAUGCUGUGCAUAUCUUUAUUAAUGGGAGGCUUUCAGGUUCUGCAUUUGGGUCGAGAGAAAAUCGGAGAUUCACUUAUACUGGCAAAGUCGAUUUUCAUGCCGGACAAAACACAAUUGCACUCCUGAGUGUUGCUGUGGGAUUGCCAAAUGUUGGGGGGCACUAUGAGACAUGGAACACCGGAAUCCUAGGUCCUGUUGCUCUUCAUGGACUUGAUCAAGGAAAAUUGGACUUAUCCUGGGCAAAAUGGACCUACAAGGUUGGGCUGAAAGGAGAAGCCAUGAAUCUUAGAUCUCCAAACAGUAUUUCUUCAGUCGAAUGGAUGAAAGGAUCAUUGGCUGCACAAGCACCGCAACCACUGACUUGGCACAAGAGUAACUUUGAUGCCCCUGAAGGAGAUGAGCCAUUGGCUUUAGACAUGCAGGGAAUGGGGAAGGGUCAAAUAUGGAUUAAUGGACACAGCAUUGGAAGAUACUGGACUGCAUAUGCCACUGGUAACUGUGAGAAGUGCAAUUAUGCUGGAAGCUUUAGACCUCUCAAGUGUCAGCAAGGCUGUGGCCAGCCAACACAAAGAUGGUACCAUGUGCCUCGUGCUUGGUUGAAGCCAAAAGACAAUCUGUUAGUAGUCUUUGAGGAACUUGGAGGUAAUCCCACAAGCAUCAGUUUGGUGAAGAGAUCAGUGACUAGUGUCUGUGCUGAUGUCUCUGAAUACCAUCCAACUCUUAAGAAUUGGCACAUUGAAAGCUAUGAAAAGUCGGAGGAUUUACAUAGGCCCAAAGUUCAUCUCAAGUGUUCUGUAGGUUAUUCCAUAACUUCAAUAAAAUUUGCAAGCUUUGGAACACCAUUAGGAACCUGCGGGAGCUACCAGCAAGGAACUUGCCAUGCUCCUAUGUCGUACAACACUCUAGAGAAGAGGUGCAUAGGGAAGCAAAGAUGUGCCGUUACCAUAUCCAAUACUAACUUUGGGAAAGAUCCAUGCCCAAGUGUGUUGAAGCGACUAUCGGUUGAAGCUGUAUGUGCUCCGACAACUACGGCUGCAGAAACCAAUUGGAAGGGUUGAUUGAGUUGGCUGAAAAGAGGAAUUUAGCUGCCUAUGAAGGGUCGCAUUCUGCGACUUAAACUACCAACUACCAGUAACAAGAGCAAACAGAAGGAUGAUGGGUACAGGAGUACUUUUUCAAGUUGUGUCUGAUGAUUUGAUUUUCAUAUUGAGUCGAUUUUUCUUCAAGGAUGUGUGUGGUGCCAAAGGCAAUAGAUUCUUAGGUAUAGGGCGUAAAGUUUGUAAUCCCCGGGGUUCUGCAAUCUAAGGCCCUGAGGUUGUGUUUCAAUUCCCAUUCCUGGCAUUUUUACUGGAAAUGGGUCUUGAGAAAAAAUAGUUAAUUUAUUAUAUCCUGUAAUUUAUUUCAGUUUGUUAUAUUGGGAAAAAAAAUCAACCCCACUUAGGAUCCGUUUACUUUUGUUUGAGUGGAACCUUUUUGCAUAAGAUAUGAUAAGAUCCGAAGGUUCAGAUUCCUCCA